ACUUGCAAACUUCUCGCAACAAAAAAUCGCUGGAAAAUUGAAAAUCGCCCGUAGAUAAAUGUCCCAAAGGCAAUACGCGACGAGAAAAAGUCCAUUUUUCAGUGGGACGUGUGCACAUUAACUCAAAAUUCGCGGAAUUUCGUGUGAGAAUCGACAAAAAUAGGGGUGUGACGUUACUUGUAUCUAUAUGUUGUAUUGUACAUAGAUUUCAUUUUUUUCCCGUGGAACUUUUUUAAUUUGAUUGUGUUUUUGAUUGUGGGAGCCAGCGAACGAGCGAGCGAGCGCCAAGAUGCACACGAAUGCCGAAAUCAGUAAUGCGCUGCAGCAAAUGGAGCUGGUGAAGCAGGCGGUCGAGGAAUCGAACGAUCCAAAGUUGCAAAUGGAAACAGUGGAUGACAUCAAGUUGAUUUUGGACAUUUUACAAGAUCCGAUUUUCCGGAAUAUCGUUCACAUCCAGGAUUCGUUGUCGGAGCUAAAUAGUCAGAUUGCGCAGCACCCGUCCAUUUUGCCGAAUGACUUUGAUAUUGCCGUGAGCGGUGAUCUGAUUCUGAAAGUGCCACCUGCCACGGAUCUCUUUGACGGAGAUUUCAGUGGAGGUGACCCGGGAAGUCCGGGCAGUGGCACGAGCGACAAGAAAGGCUACAACGGGAACAAAAACGAGUUGAUGGAUGACAAAGAUAAGAAUGAUAAGACAAUGUCGAUGCUGAAGAAGGCACGCGGCUUGGCUGAGCUCACGGGCAGUUCGAAAAACGAGUCGACAGACGACGAGAGACCCAAAUCUGUGAUGAGCGACAGUGUGAGAGCAGCUUCGCAUGACUUGUCGUCCGUCGAGUGGGUUCAGGUGCAAGCAAUUGAGCUCGUGAACGACGGCACGGGUCUCGGAUUCGGAAUAAUUGGAGCCAAGAAUGCGGGAGUCAUUGUCAAGACGAUUCUGCCGGGAGGCGUGUCAGAUCGCGAUGGUCGUUUAGUGAGCGGAGACCACAUUCUGCAAAUUGGCGAUGUAAAUUUGCACGAAAUGGUCUCGGAGCAAGUGGCAUCCGUGCUGCGGCAAUCGGGAACUCAUGUACGUUUAGUAGUGGCAAGACCUGCUGAUCCCUCGGUCGAUGUUGAGGAUGUGGAAGGAAGUGCAAUUGUUCCGUCGCGCCUCAUUCAAGACCCGUACGAGUUGAAACGAUACUUGGCCGAUGCUGGAUAUCCCGAAAUUUUUGGAACUUCUUCGACGCCAUCGACGCCCUCCGUGCAGAACGAGCAUUUCCGGUUCCAGGGCGACCAGCAAAGCAACUUGAUCGACAUGGAGUUGCCGGAAACCGAGAGAUUUACGGUGGAGUUGAAGAAAGACUCCAACGGACUUGGCAUCACGAUUGCCGGAUACGUGUGCGAAAAGGAGGAACUUUCGGGUAUUUUUGUGAAAAGUGUGUCGCCCGGCAGUGCGGCGGAUGUGUCAGGCAAGAUUCACGUGAACGAUCGAAUUAUCGAAGUGGAUGGACACUCGUUGCAAGGUUUCUCAAAUCAUCAGGCCGUGGAUGUGCUGAAGCAGAGUGGCGCCAUUGUGCGACUCUGCCUCGAACGGUAUCUGCGCGGACCGAAAUACGAACAACUUCAACAAGCAAUAGCAGCUAAUGAGCUUAAGCCAUCGACCCCAAAUACGCCACCGUUGUUGCCUCCACCCCUGACCCACAAUUCAGCGGCGCGACUUGCUUCCUACAAUGCCAGCGGCGGCAGCGGCAAUAAUCUGCACGAGCCGUUCCGCAAAACGUCCAAGCAAUCGUUGUACGAUGAGUCGCUUUUCAGUCAAGAAACUUCGUUUUCAUCGAUUCCCGUCAAGAAGAUCAACAAUCCCGACAUUCUUCCGCCACCCCAAACAACUAUGACAACAUUCGGCGUUGGAGGAGCUGCGAACCGCAAUAAAUUACAAAUGGCGCGCGAUUCGAUCGAACAAAGAACCAUCCCACAUCCGCUAAAUGGCGGAGACGACGAUGAUUUGGCUCCCGAGUCUGCCGUCGAUGACGACGAAGAGUCAUAUUUGCCGCCACCGCCUCCCAUCAGUCAUCGUACGAAACUAAAUGACUCGGCAACCAGCAGCACGCCGAACAAAUACGCGAUCGAGUCCAAGUUAACAGACGAAACACGACAAGCAAUCAUGAGUAAAUGGCUAGCGGUCCUAGAUCCCGAAGUGGAGGUCAUUGUAGCGCAAAUCCGAAAAUUUGCCGCCUCAAGUGGUCUCGGAAUCUCGCUCGAAGGCACCGUAGACGUUGAGGGAGGACGCGAAGUGCGCCCCCAUCACUACAUUCGAUCAAUUUUGCCGGAAGGUCCCGUCGGUCAGAACGGAUUGCUGCGAUCGGGCGACGAAUUGUUGGAAGUGAACGGCAAACGACUGCUGGGCAUGAAUCAUUUGGAAGUCGUUUCGAUUCUCAAGGAGUUGCCGCAAGACGUGCGGAUGGUUUGUUGCCGGAAUGCCAGCUCCGCCGUAGGUGACACCAUGGUUGCAUUUACAAAAGACAAUCUUCAGCAAGAAUUAGAGCUUGAAACUAGUGAAGCGGGAAGUUCGCACGGACUUAUGCCCUCAGAUCGCCUUGUCAAGGCGAAAUCCGAUGGAAGUUUAGCCACGUCGGGGUCACCAGGUGCCGAUGGAUUUUCUAAAAUGAAGUCACGGUCAUUGGAACCCCUUACCGGACUUGCCAUGUGGAGUUCUGAGUCACAAAUCAUUGAAUUAGUGAAAGGCGAACGUGGUUUGGGAUUUUCCAUACUCGAUUAUCAAGAUCCACUUGAUCCUAAUGACACAUUAAUUGUUAUUCGUUCCCUCGUGCCAGGUGGCGUGGCUCAAAUCGAUGGUCGACUGAUCCCCGGAGACCGACUGCUCUUCGUGAACGACACAUGUCUCGAGAAUGCAUCGCUAGAUCAAGCGGUGGCCGCACUCAAAGGCGCACCCAAGGGAGUUGUCCGAAUUGGCGUUGCCAAGCCACUUCCGAUGGCAGACUCAUCUAUCACCUUUUCCGACAAAUCGAUGUCAUCAAUGGGCUCGUCCGCUUUCGACUCAAACGUCUCGGCAAUGCUGCGAAAUCGGGCCUCGUUAAACAGUAAACCCGACAUCAUACGUGAAUGAGAAGAAUAUUUUGUCAUAAGCCGGAGUGAAUUUGAUGAAUUUAUCUGUUUUUACCAUGCAAUGAACACAUUAGCAAAACUCGUCAUUUAUUUCAAAUCGAUUCAAAGCAAAUGAUUUUGAGUUUUGUUAAUUACGUCUUCCUAUAAUUAUUUUAUAUUUUUUUUUUUUCGAUAAACACGAUUGCUCCCAAAUUUAAAUUCUGACUUGUGACGACAACCCCUCACGUAAUGCAAAAGAAAAAAAGCAAAAUGAACAGCACUUUUGAAUUUUUAGUUUUAAAGCACGAUUUUUUAUGCUUUUUUCAAGCAAAACUAAUAUAUACUUAAAAAAAACUUUAAGACAAAAACUAAUCAAAACACAUUCCACUCAAUUUUUCGUAGGAAAAAGGAAUUUUUUAUACACAUUCCAGUUUAUUAUUAAAAAUUUACAAAACUGAACAUUCCCAUUUAAAAAAAUUUUAUUAUUAGAUUAUGUACUUAUCAUUACUAUUCAAAUGUUCGUUUGUUAGAACAAAAAAUAUUUAAAAAGAUGAUGUUUUAGUCAGUAAGAAA